UUUAUACGAAGAUCUUGAUCUCUCAAAUUAGCAUCCAUUUUACUUCCAGUGAUUAUCAACUAAAUUAAUAAUCCACAAAGUAUUAAAUAACGUUUUUAUGAAAUAUUUAGCACAAAAACAAUACCCUUUAAAUAUCGAUCGUCAGUAACUGUGGCUGACUUACCUAUAUUCUAGCAAGCAGGACUGCCAGAUGUGAAGGGGAAAUCCCCAAUAAAUUGUUGCAUGUGACUGAUGAUGUGAGCAUGUUCGUUUCAUAAUAAAAAUGUUGCCAGGUAACCAAAAAGUCGUAUGUUUUUGUGCGAAUUACGAUCAUAAUCUUUACGAUCGUACAUUAAAAAAUAGACAAAUAAUAGUAUGAGUACGAUUUAAAUCGUAUAUCUGUCAACCCUGCUAGCAAGACAGCGACAAAAUCACGUUGCAUAACAAUGUAGCCCAAGCUUAUAUCUUAUGAAAUAUACGGAAGAGAUACGGACUUAGAAAAAACAGAAAUGUUGUUCUUUGUGGAAGUCAUUGAUGAAAUUCUAUGUAUUUUAGCCCGCAAACUUUCUUCAAACAAAAACAGCGCCAUCUAGUAUCGAGUUCUGUAAUUAUCUCUUUGUUUAUGGAUUUGAAGUAAGACCGCCACGCAUGCAAUACAUUAUGACUGGGGAUUCCCCUAUUCGUCGACGCUGAAUAUGAGGCGACGACAAUCACUGUCAAACGUGUUCACUAUUACUCUGACUCUGGUAACGUGACUUCCUGGUAACGUGUUAGGUAGGAAAAGCAGUAAAAAAGUGCAUAUUAAGGGAGCAGAUUUGAAAUAAUAUUUAUACUUAACAAGAAAUAAUUAAAGGUUCAAUGGGGAGACCUAAAGAUUUACGCAUAUGGGAGCACUACCGUACUUUACCAAACAAGUCUGUUUCUUGCAAGCUUUGUAAUAAGGUCUACAAAUUCAGUAAUGCUGCCAAAAUGCUUCAAUAUCUUAUCACUUGUCCAAAAUCUCCAGAAACAUUAAAAGACUCUAUGAAACUUAUAAAAGAUAGCUCGUCCAAAACCAAAAUGUCUGGACUGUCAGAGAUAGAGACAAAUGAUUCUUUUAUAAGCCCCUCGUCGUCUGCUAACACUACAAUAAAUGCUGAGUUUCAAGACACCGAUGAUCAUAUAAAAACAGAAUUAGCGAGAGCUAUAUUUGUAACAGGGACGCCAUUAUCGAUGGUGCAACAUCCUUUAUGGAUACAAUUUUUCGAAAAAUUGCAACCAAAAUUUAAAAUACCUUCACGUAAAGCUUUAGCGACAAAAUACUUAGAUAAAAUAUAUAGAGAAAUGCGUUUUGAGUUAAAUGAGGAACUAAAUGCUUGUAGUUACUUACACCUUCAGUGCGAUGGCUGGUCUAAUUUAAGAAAUGAAGGAAUAAUAAACUUUCUUAUAUCAAAACCUCAACCUGCAUACGUUAAAAGUUUGAAUACAGAAAGUAAUCCUCACACUAGUGAAUACCUUAGCCAAGAAGUUGAAAAAGUAAUGAAAGUGUAUGGAGCAAAUAAGUUUCUUGUACUUAUUGGCGAUAACGCUAGAAAUAUACAAAAGGCAUUCGAAUUAACAAAACUCAAAUAUCCACAUGUUGUUCCUCUCGGUUGCUGUGCACAUAUCCUUAACUUGUUGUGCCAAGAUAUUGUAAAGAUACAAGAAGUAACUGUGUUUAUUAUGCAAGCCAUAAAUAUAAUAAAAACUGUUAAAAGGAGUCAACGAUUAAGUUCCUUGUUGAUAAAAUCAAGGCAGGGUGAAGAUUCUACACAAACACUAAAAUUGCCUUGUGCUACAAGAUGGGGAAGUCAUGUUACUUCGUUAAAAAGUUUGAAAGCAAAUAAGAUAGCUUUGCAAAUAUUAACAGUUAGAGAAGAUGUGGUAAUUUCAAGAGAUAUUAAAGAUUUAAUUCUAAGUGAUGAUUUCUGGACGAAGACAGGGUAAUG